AUGACGCUCCUCGAAUCUGCCAACAUGAACACAUUCCUUACUACAGUUUCACUCUCGGCAUUAUUCUCAGCGGGCUUUGUGGAUUCGGUGCUAAAUCCUGCUGAUCCGACAAUUACCGCUGUCGCUAUACUCCCAAGAGACGUCAGCGACCCAUACUUCAUUGGAUACUAUCUGAAUUCUACAGAUGGUAAAUGUGCUUUAACCUCUUUGCGAUGGGUUGGGUGUGUCCCAAAUGCCGCAGGGACGACAUCAUAUUUCCUGACGAAACCUGUAGACCCAGUUACCUCGAGCUUUUCAGGUCCCUCCUUGCCCUCGACAAAGCCUACACCAAACCCAACCCCAAGUUCUGGCCCAAUAUCCUCUCCUAGCCCGGGUCCGAGCCCGGGUCCCGCAUCCUCAAGCCCUAACAAAGCUAUUUAUGCAGGCAUCGUAAUUGGAGCCGGAGCCAUCCUCGCCAUCAUUGGCUUCAUCAUUUACACCAUCAUGACAAAGCAUCGAAAGAAGGAGGAGAGCGUGAAGAAGCCUACCAGUUUCGAGGAUGCGCCUCUAGAACAACCAAUGUCUGGCCCUGUAGAGAUUAUGGGGACUCCAAUAGAUCCACCUUUCGCUGGUCCGGUUGAGAUUGGGGGGACUCCAGUAAUUCCCCGAACGCGCAGACGACUCCUCGGCCGUACGAUUACAAAGUACCCGAGUACGCUGCGAUGAGGUAGGAACCAAUGUCUACUAUUCUUAGAGUUACCAAGUUGGGGGCCACUCCUAGAAUGGCGUAGGGUCUAGGCGUAUGCUUCAUGACUGGCUAUAUUCCGAGGAGGUGGUGUCCCCAAGUCUUCAUGCCGCCGGCUAUGGCGACUCUGACUCAAAU